CUGAGCUGGUCUGAACUGAUCUGAGCUGGUCUGAGCUGGUCUGAACUGAUCUGAGCUGGUCUGAACUGAUCUGAGCUGGUCUGAGCUGGUCUGGACUGGAGAUGGCGGGUCGGGGGGGUCGAGGUCGAGGUCGGAGGAUGAUGAGCUUCAGUGUUGAAGCCGUCGGGAUCAACAGAGGAGACAGUUUACCUCCUUCAAUCCAACAACCUACACCCCUCUACCCUGUGAUGGAGCACAAGCCCCUCCCCCUGACAGGUGGAGAGGAGGUGGAGUAUCUGUUGGCUCUCAAACAGGAGUUCAGAGGAGCCAUGAAGAGUCUGCCCUUCUUCAUCCAACCUGCUGCUGCUCACAGAGAUGUGGAGCGGUACUCUGAUAAAUAUCACAGCAGCGAGCAGACGGACAGUCAGAUGGACUGGAACCCAGACUGGAAGAGAUUCCCCAAAGAACUGAGAGUUCAUGUUAGGAAAACUCCUAAAGACGGUGUUGCAGCGGUUCGAUCCAGCAAAGCUGCGUCUGGACCAAAGAAGAAGAAAGUGAAAGAGAAGGAGGAAGUGCUGAUCAAACUGGAGAGCCUGGAGAAGAAGGAGGAGCAGGAGAGCUCUGAGGAAGAGGAGGGAGAGGAGAAGAAGAAGCAGGAGGAGGAAGAGGCGGAGGCAGAGGAGGAGUACGAUGAGGAAGAGUUUGAGGAGGAGACGGACUACAUCAUGUCCUACUUUGAUAACGGGGAGGAGUUUGGAGGAGACAGCGAUGAGAACAUGGACGAGGCUAUUUACUGAAGCACAGCAUCGACCUCACGGUGCAGACUAACCGUCCAGUUUUAAACUUUUAUACCAAAAAGACUCAAAGUGUUUCCAGGAGAAGCUUCAGUGGAAACAGGAAGUGUUCGGUCGGUUCGUGACGUCUUUUAAAUAUUUUUAAGCUUUUUUAUCAACGUUUUAUGUGUUUGAACAUGAAUCAUCUCUGUGUGUUUGGUUAGUCGGCAGCUGUUGGUACAAAUAAACGGCAGCUACAUGUUAA